AUGAUUAAGAAAGAAGGGGAAUUAGAGGCUACUGCUAGAGAAGAAAUUGAGGAGUUAGAGAAAUUGUUGGAAAUUAGGGACUUAGCCGAGGAGGAAGAGUGGGCUCUUUCGGAGAAUUUGCUUCGCAUAAAGGAGAUUGAAGAAAAUAAGACGAAGGACCUGAAACAGAAAUCGAGGGUUAGAUGGGCCAAAGAGGGAGACGAAAACUCUAGCUUUUUUCAUUCAAUGAUUAAUUGUCGGAAGGAUGUUUUCGAGGGAGAUUUUGUUAACGUUUUGAAUGAGUUUUACUCGACCGACUCGUUCGGGAUCCUUGCUAAUCGCUUGAAGAAAGUUAUUGCUUCUGUUAUCUCGGAGAACCAAUCGGCUUUUCUCAAAGGGAAGUUUAUUCUCGAUGGCCCUUUAAUAAUUAGUGAGACGGUGAAUUGGUUAAAGAAGAAGAAAAAGAAGGCGUUUCUUUUUAAACUUGACUUCGAGAAAGCCUAUGACAAUGUGAACUGGGGUUUCGUGGAAUCGGUGAUGACUCAAAUGGGCUUUCCUCAGCGUUGGUGUAGAUGGGUGUCAGGGAUUUUAUCUUCGGCUAGAGCGGCGGUUCUUGCUCUUACGGCUUGUUUUUCUAAGGCUGUUGAUCUCGGUCUGGUGGAGGGGGUCAGUCUCCCAAACAAUGGGCCGAUUUUGUCUCACCUUUUCUUUGUCGAUGAUGCCUUUGUUUUUGGGGAAUGGUCGAGGGAAAGCAUUCUUAAUGUGGUCAGAAUCCUUCGGUGCUUUCGUAUAUGCUCGGGGCUUAGUAUUAAUCUGGUUAAGUCGAGUUUAAUUGGUAUUGGUAUUUCUGACUCGGAGGUGGUCGCUCUGGCAGCAGAUAUUGGGUGCAAGGCCGAACAGUUCCCCUUCAAGUAUCUCGGGCUUCCGGUGGGGGCCAAUAUGAAUCGGAUUUCGAAUUGGAAUUCGGUGGUUGAUAUGUUUGAAGCUAGGUUGUCCUUGUGGAAAGCGUCGGUUUUGUCGAUCGGGGGCAGGGUAACCCUUAUUAAGUCUGUUUUGCAAAGCUUACCUAUCUAUUACUUCUCCCUAUUUAAAGUGCCGGUUGGAGUCAUUAAACAGUUGGAAGCUAUUAUGAGGAAGUUUCUGUGGGGUGGCACGGGCGCGGAUAGGAAGACGUGUUGGGUUUCCUGGGAGUGUGUGACCUCUCCGAUCAGCUCGGGAGGGCUCGGGAUUCGUAAGCUUGGUCACGUUAAUAGUGCUCUCUUGUUUAAGUGGGCAUGGAGGUUUAAGGCGGAGGGUAAUUCUCUUUGGGCUAAAGUAGUUUUGGCCGUUCAUUCGCAUAACAGAUCCUAG